UUUCCAUCACCCGACCAACCUCCUAGCAUGCGUAGCCUUCACACUACUUUUACCAGAGUUGUGCGCUUCAGCUGUUGACACUGAGCUCGCAACGGCCGACACAGAGCAUCUCGCGCGCAUUUGCCCCCGCUGGGCCGACACACCACGCCCCCUCCCUCACGUGCAAGCGCAAGGCGGAAACUCUCACCACUAUCGGUCCCUCAACCGCCGCACCUUACCUGCCCUGAGCCUCGCGCUCUGACUCGCCCUAUUCAUACAUAUAGUCAUGUCAGCCGCCGUUGCUAUUGCGCGCCCAUCGCAGGCACUCCGCCAGCGCCGCGAAUCUCAGCGCCCAAGCCUCGCUCGCACCUCCACGGCCAGACCACCUAAUAUGGAGAGCGGUGUCGCUAAGGAAGACCCCAAGCAAUAUGUGGUAACCCAGCGAGACAUUCUGGCAAAGUUUAAAGGAAGCCCCCCGUCACUGAGGGUAUUCCUCCACGCUGGCCACUUCCGCAUCAAUGACCAUCAGGAAACCUUCCCUUACAAUUCCCCUAUGAAGGAACUGCUUCAGCACUUAAAAGAGAAGACAGUGCCUCACAAUAUGCUUGAUGAAUUCUAUGCCGCCGGAGUACCCUUUUAUGAUAAUUGCCUGAUUGUAGAAGUCCAUGACCUUAAGUCCGGAGGCGUCAAGCCAAAGGAUGAUUCCAAUAAUGCCGCCGACGGAACAAAACUCACCCCCUACUCGAUUCACAAUUACAGCAACUUUAUCACGCCUUCUCCACAUGUUCCUUACCCUAUUAAAACCGCCGCAAAACCACCCAAUCUGGCAGAUGGACCAGGCAAAGCGACUCCCGCUGGAGAAACUGUCAAGGAGGAAAAGGAGAUAGACAAGGAAAACAUGCCUGCCCCUGGCCAGCCCGCCUCCCAAAAACAGCCAACUAAAGCCAAGAUCGUUACUGUCGUACUCUUUCCCACCCCUCUUUCACAGCAUACCGACAUGCAACUGCUGGCCACCACGCCAUUGCCGGACAUCCAGACGUAUCGAAGAAUUCAAGCGGCUGGCAGAGCAGCAGGGAAUCCCCCUACACCCCUUACAUCCGUUCCCCCCACUCCAACUCUGCCCAGUGGCCGCAGCCCCAAGCGACAAAAGAUGGUGAUCGACGAGACCAACGCCCACGAAUUCGAGUCUGCAGUCCUUAACGCAACCUGUCCGAAACUACACCUUGAGCCUAGUAAGAGCUUACAAGAGUCGGUAGCACUCAUUGAAGCCAUGAUGCAUCCAAAUAAUCAGAAUGCCGCGCCUGCCCGCAAGACUCGUAAGCGAACAACGGCAGAGCUAGCGGCUGACGAAGCUGCAGCUGCAGAAACUGACCGCUUCAUGCUUGCGGGCGAUGAAUGGCAGGCGAGUAAAACAGUUGCAGCUGCCGGGGGAGACGAAGGGCAACCUACUAUGCGUGGUGGUGCCAACUUCCAGACGUUCUCCCGCUUCAAGGCCUUGGAGUCUAUCAAGGUGCGGCAUGAAGAAGCAGAGAGGCGUAAGAAGGAAGAAGAGGCACGACAGGCCCAAGCUAAACGACAAGCGCAAGCCGAGGCUGAAGCUCAGAAGCGAAGAGAUUUAGAGGCUAGCCGCCAGGCCGAACAGUCAGCGCUGGUGCAACAGAGGCAAGAUCAGAUGAUGCGGCACCAGCAACAGCAACAAGCGAUGCAACAAGAACAGUUGAGAGCUGCAUCACAAGCCCAGCAAAUGGCAAAUACUUCGGCCGGUGGGGUUUCUCAGACUCCACAGUCAGCUACUCAACCUCAAUUCUCGUCUCCUGUAGUGAGGCAACAAACGCCGAUGGCCUCCUCGCCGCUUGUCCCCGCUCACGCUACCCACUCAAUGGGCGGAACGCCUAUGGUGACGACUUCUUCCAAUCAUGGGGCUGGUAGCCCUCCCAGACCGCCAUCUGCCGUAUCCCAUCACCCAGCUUCCAUGGCUCGGACAGUCAGUCAGCAACAAAAUCAACCCAUGAGCAGGACUGGAACCCCGCAGAUUAUCCAAGGCACACCUGUCAUGAACUCUGCAAUGCCUGCUCGUAACAUGGCGUCCACCCCUCAACCACGUAUAAACCAGGGUAGUCCCACCGUCUCUAUGCAGGGAGGAACCCCCCUUAUAAUGCAGACCCCCCAACCUGGUCACGGCUUGACCCCAGAGCAGCUGCAAAUGGCCCAAAGACGACAAAUGCAACAGCGCAUGCAGGCCCAGGCUCUUCAACAGGGCAUGUCUCCUGGCCCAAACAUGCCCCCCGAACAGUUCGCUAUGAUCAAAGCGAGCAAUCAAAUUCAGCGAGAAGGCAUCCCACAAGGACAGAACCCACAGGCAUACCAGAAGAUGCUUGCCCAAAGAUACUUCCAACAAAUCCAACACAACCAGCAAGCCCAGCAAAUGGCGAACAUGUCUCCCCAGAAUGCUGGCCAAAUACGACCGGAUGGCAUGCCCAACCAAGGCAUUCCCAAUACUGGCGGUAUCAAUUCCGCUAAUAUGAAUAUACAGCAGCUGCGGAACCACUACGUCCAACGGCGAACGCAACUCAUGAACACAUAUGGAACCACGCAGAACGUGCCACAACAGGCUAUGCACCAGAUGCGAAAUCUCGAAAUGCUGAUCAACCAGCGCGAGAACGCAGCACAAGCCAAUAACACUCAAAUGCAAUUGAAUGCUGGCAUGCAAAGUCAAAUGGCCAUGGCUGGGCAGAACCCGCAGAACCCUGUACAAAUGCAGCAAUACCAGCAGCUUAUUCAACAGCGGGCACAUCAAGCUCGUCAGCAGCAGCAGCUAAACUUGAUGCGGCAACAGGGAAUGGCUCCUAGUGGACAUAUGCAGCAGGGUAUGAUGAACAAUAUGGGCAUGAUGAAUGCAGGAGGUGGAAAUAUGGGAGGCAUGAACAUGAACAUGCAAAACAUGGCUGGGAUGAAUAUGGGGAACAUGGGUAUGGCUGGCAUGGGCCAGAUGGGAAAUAUCAGUCAGCAACAACAGCAACAGCAACAACAGCAACAGCAGCAGCAGCAGCAGCAAGUGCAAAUGAUGCUCAUGAGACAGGCUCAGGCUCAGGCGCAGAUGCGUGCUCAGGGUCAGCAAAGGCCUGGUGGGGGAGACGGCGCGAUGGAGUGGAGUGGUGUUUAAGGAUGAAAAGUUGUGGUAUUAGAAUCUGGUUUGGUAUCGAGGUUAAUGGUCUUCUGGGCGCAUGAGGGUUUUCGAAAAGAUACCCAUGGGAGUGUCAGUGCAUGGAUUGGGCAUUUUGGGUAUGAUAUCUCAAGCUCCUCUCGUUCCGAUUGAUGUAGACAUUUCAAGCAUGGGUUGCAUUGGAAGGCGUUGGAUCAAAAGUGUAUUAUCUUGACGUAUUACGAAGGCUACAUUUGGACUCCUG